UCUAGAUUAUGCUGUCAUUCCAGUCUAGAGUAAACCUGGAAAUACUUCUAGAAUUGUUUUGGAGGCAUGUAGAAGAUACCGAUAUAAUUGUCUGCCCAGUAGUCCCUUUUUCAUUUUCUCUGGGAGCUUCAUUCUCUGACACACACCCCACCACCAUCGCCACCGCUAUAUGUUCACUGUGGAGGAAUCUAUGUUCUUAUAGGACCCAAGAAUCUGAGCACAGUUGAUUGGUUCAGUGAUGAGUGCCUGACUCAGCUGAACCAAUGAGCAGUUGUGUGUUAGGAGGAAAUACCCCCAUACUAAAAGGGUCUGAAUAUUAGUAGUAAACUAAUUAUAUUAAUAUUUAAGCUAAUUGUGUCACAAUCUAAAAUCCAUCCUAAGAAUUGUAAAAAUGGAAGGGCAGGCACUGGUUUUAUAUCCCCAGCACCUUGCAGAAUGCAUGACAAAAUGGGUGUUGAAUAGAUUAUUAUUAAAAUACUUAAAAUAAGUUUGUAGGUGUUUUAUAGUAUCUGAGCUCAUCUAAUCUUGUGUAAGGUUUUUAUUAAUUAGUGACAUUGAAUGAGACAAUCCUCUAAGGUCAAAAGAGGAAUUUAUUAAAAGGUUACAGGGAUAUCCCAGAAACCAAGGGCAGAGAUGCCACUCAUGAACUGCACCAAGUCUGCAUAGCACACUGUAUAGAAAACCCAGAGACUUUUCUAUAUUUGUUCUCUAUUUUUCAGUCUAUAAGCCAAAAAAUGGUGAAGUUUACUUUGCAUCUGUUUAAAAGGUCAGUCACAAAUUGAAAUCUUUUAAUCCUGGUUUUAAAUUCCCAAGGGAAAGAUUCUGAUUGGUUCAGCAUGAGGCAGGUCUCAAACUGGGCCAAUCAACUGCAGUUAUUGGGUUAAGGUCAUGUUUUCAAAGCCUCAUUGUUAACCAUGGAUUGUGCAGUUAAAAAGAGUGGUAACUAGAAAAGAUAGGAAAGUUGUGAACUGAGUGGACAAUCAAUAGCUGUGAAGUCUACAUAGCUUUAAUGUGAAGAUUCUGGGGGUCAGUGCAAUUCAUAAGAGUAUAUUGAACCUAAGACCUUCCAGAAUCACAUAUAGACUACAAUUCUAUGUGUCUAAAAUUGGAAUUCAAAGCAGAGACGAAUGUGAAAGGGACUAGAAACUUCUUGAGUGUGUCAUUUACUUCAAGAUUUUAUUGUGAUGUUUCUUCUGCCUGAAAUGUACAUCUCUCCUUCCUCCUGCAUCAGAUUUCUAUUUGGUCUUCAUGUUUCAACAUAGACGUUACUUCUUUCAGAAAGCCUCUAUUAAUCCUCCCAAGAUCAAGUUAACUGGCCCUCAUAUGGUGUACUUACAUUGGGAGAGACAAUCUGCUAUGGGUCUGGAAUGUUCCUAAAUCAUUUUGCUGUGCAUUCUGAGAAUGUAAGUCUUAGACCACUCUUUACCCCUGCCAUUUCUUAGGGUUGUGUUUGGAGCAAGCAACCCUGAAAGAUAGUAUCUCCCCACCAAUAAAAAGCAGGCUUAAUUCCACUUACUCUAUAAACAGUAGUCCCCUAAAUUCAGCAUGCUUCUCUUGUAAUGCAACCCACUUCAGGCAUCCAAGAUAAGGCUUCUGUAUUGUCCCCACCAGACCAGGAGUGUUUAGUUUGCUAGGGCUGCCAUAGCAAACACCACAGACUGGGUGGCUUAAAUGAUAGAAUUUGUUUCCCCACAGUUCUGGAAGCUGGGAGUCCACGAUCAAGAGGUCCACAGAAGCCUCUCUCAUUGGAUUGCAGGUCAAACGCUAUUUAAAGUAGUAAUCAAAUCUCUUUCACCUAAAGAGUUAGUCCGGAUUCAUGUCCCUAAACCUUUGGACAGGAAUGAUGGGACAUUUUUGAUGCGAUAUAGGAUGUAUGAAACUGUCAGUGAAGGGCUGAAGAUAGAGGUACUUUAUGGUGAUGAACAUGUGGCUCAGUCUCCCUAUAUUUUGAAAGGCCCAGUGUACCACGAGUACUGCGAGUGUCCGGAAGAGGAUCCUCAGGCCUGGCAGGAUACUCUUUCUUGUCCAAUCGAGGAACCACAGAUUGCCAAGGAUUUUGCUUCUUUCCCCAGCAUCAAUCUCCAGCAGAUGCUAAACGAAGUUCCGAAAAGGUUUGGGGAUGAGAGGGGUGCCAUCGUUCAUUACACGAUUCUUGAUAACCACGUCUACCGGAGAUCCUUAGGGAAGUACACAGACUUCAAAAUGUUCUCAGAUGAGAUUUUGCUGUCACUGGCAAGAAAGGUCCUUCUCCCAGAUUUAGAAUUUUAUUUUAAUCUUGGAGAUUGGCCCUUGGAGCAUCGAAAAGUCAAUGAAACCCCUGGCCCUUCACCUAUCAUUUCUUGGUGUGGUUCUCUGAAUUCACGAGAUGUUAUCCUUCCAACAUAUGACAUCACCCACUCCACACUUGAAGCAAUGAGGGGUGUUACAAAUGAUCUCCUCUCUAUUCAGGGAAAUACAGGGCCUUCUUGGAUCAAUAAAACAGAGAAAGCUUUCUUCAGAGGUAGAGAUAGCCGAGAGGAGAGACUCCAGUUGGUACAGCUGUCCAAAGAAAAUCCACAGCUCCUAGAUGCAGGAAUUACAGGAUAUUUCUUUUUCCAAGAGAAAGAAAAUGAGCUUGGAAAAGCUAAAUUGAUAGGUUUCUUUGAUUUCUUUAAGUACAAAUAUCAAGUGAAUGUGGAUGGGACUGUGGCUGCUUAUAGGUACCCAUAUCUCAUGCUGGGUGACAGUUUGGUUCUGAAGCAGGACUCGCCAUAUUAUGAACAUUUCUAUAUGGCACUAAAGCCUUGGAAGCAUUAUGUUCCAGUUAAAAGAAAUCUAAGUGAUUUACUAGAGAAACUUAAGUGGGCCAAGGAAAACGAUGAAGAAGCCAAGAAGAUCGCAAAAGAAGGGCAGUUGAUUGCUAGGGACCUGCUGCAGCCGCACCGGCUUUACUGCUACUAUUACAGAGUCCUACAGAAAUAUGCUGAGCGCCAGUCCAGCAAACCCACAAUACGUGAUGGAAUGGAACUUGUUCCUCAGCCAGAUGAUGACAUGUCCAUCUGCCACUGCCACAGGAAAAAAUCUUUAAGAGAAGAGCUUUAAGCCAGCCCAGAUUCAGACUCUUGUGUGUGCUGGCAACAUCCUCAGUGGAAUCAUUGAGAUAGAAUGUAAGCUAUGAAGAGCACAGUUUAAAAGACUUUAUCCAGUGGACUGGUUCUCUUGGUAGCUUUAUAUAAUGUGGAUGGAUGGAGCAAUAUUAGAGCAAGUAUUACCAAAUAUCUUCAAAUAUUAAUGUGUUUUAAGUAAAAACUAUUAUCAGCAUCACAAUUUCCCAAAAAAAACUUGGGAAUCAAACUACACAGAGAGGCUUGCCUAAGUAUAAAUCCCUCUCUAUGAAACUAUUUACAUCAUAUUUAUUGGUUUGUUUCUAUCCUUUAUUCACUUCCCUUUUUCUCUUCUAAUUAUGAAGAAAGAUAUUUGUUUGGGCAGAGUUUUUCCCCCUCAUUGCAUAAUUUCUCCUACAAGUUGGUUUUGACAUUCAGUAGUAGCAAGUGCCUUUUAGAAGGUCUGAUAAAAAAAAAUCAAGGAAGAAGAUGACUCUGUUCUUAAAGGUAGCUUGGAGACUAUGGAGGGAAUUUUUUUUUUUUUAUGUUUACUCCUAUUUAACCAAGUUUUACCAAGGCCUGAGACAAAACUAAGAAGAAACUGUUCCUUGAGCUAGUAAUUCCCAACCUAUCUGGGUUGUAUACCCAUCAAGGACAACAUAGUUAUUAAAAUAGAUGAGAACAUCCUUUGAGUACCAUUCAUUAUCUGUAUAUUGAACAGACAGAAGGUGGGGAUCUUAAAUUCUUUGUAAUCUUUAAAAGGGAUACUUGAAAACCUUUGUGACCAGCUGCAGGAAACCUGGUCUCUUGAGAACUCAUAAUAAGCUGAUGACAGAAGCAAGCAUCCAUUCCUCACUCCACCCCUCCUCUGUUUUACUGGAUUGCAUUACUAACAUAAAAACUCUGUGGAAAUUUCCUUUGCCUUUUAGGACAGGGUCAAGACUUAAGACUUACAGCCUAGAAAUUCAUUACACACUCCCUGUAACACCACCAAGAUUCAGCUCACUAAAUCACACACUGCAAAAAUGACAGCUAUCCAUGCUCCCAAUCUAAAUAUAUUUACUCCCCCAGUUAAAAUAUUUACUUAAUUUGGAAAACAAUGUAGCUACUUUAAAGUAGUCAUAUUUACUCUUCUUUGAAGAUCAAUAAGAUUACAUAACAUUUUUGAACCAGACAAAAGCAAAACUAUAUUUAUGAACAGUGUAAUCAAAGCCAAGUGUCCCUGGAAAAUUAAUAGCCUUCAAUUGUUCAAAACCACAAGUGCACAAGUAUAAAAUAAAGGGUAAGCUGUACUGAGACCGUCUCCUGGUGACUCCAUGUCCUACAUAUAUUGUACAUGGAGUUUGGGCUUGUCAAAACCAAGAUUAUGGUAAGAAAGUUUGCUCUUAUUCACACCUCUCUGCCCUCCAACCCCAGGUCCUUCCUGAUGGCUACUUGAAUUUUGUUAGUAACAUCUUAAAUUUUGAAAUUUGUAUCACUUGCUGCCAGAUAGUCCUAAUAGUUAAAAGCAAGUUGAGACAAACCAGGCAGCUUCUGGGUGUGGAACAGGCAGGAUGAGCUUAAGAAAUUAAGUGGAGACUCUUGAGAAAUUCCACAGGAAGAGAGCAGCCUUAAUCUAGAUAAUCCACCAUCUCACUAACUCAGUCACAGCCUUUAAAAGGAGUUAGUUCUACAUGGCUUCCUGGUUUGUUGACAUGAAUAUAACUUAUUAAAACUUGGAUUCCUAGAACUCUGAUUCUUUUCCUUCCAGUUCACAUAUUACCCAUAUAUUACAUUAGUCAUUUUUAAUACUUCAAGUUUCACUUAAGAUAUGAUUUCUAAAAGAAGAAGAGGGAUGUAAGGAUAUGAAAGUGAAUAUAAUAACUACAUUUGUCUAAGUAAGCUAUCAACCUGUUUGUUGCAGCAUUAUUUUAUCAAUAAAUGUUGGAAAUCUUGAAAAGCCAUCCUGAGGGAAUUGGCUAAAUGGAAACUGAUACAUCAAGGAGAACAGUACAACCUUAAAGAGGAUGAAGCAGCUCCGAAUGUGCUGGCAUGAAAGAUUUCCAUGACAGUGUUCAGUGAACAGAACAAGUUACAGGACAACAUAUACAAUGUGAAACAUUUAUGUAAAAAACAAAAAUAUAUCCAUGUGCUUGAAAGUUUGGAAGGAGUGAGAUAUCUGAGGUGGGAUUGGAAUGAAGGGAAUUUUUAUGUUUUGACUUAUACCUAUCACAUUUAAAAUAGUUUUACUAUAAAUAUGAAUCAAAUUGUAAACCAAAGAAAAAUGCCAACCUAAGGAAAGACAAUAAAUGCACAACAAAUAUACAUAGGACAAGAAAAUGGGUAUUUACAUUUUCUAUUAUGCUGUUUUUAAAUCUACUAUGUCUAGAAUUUUGUAUCAUGGUACAUACUAUGUAUAUUUUUUAAAUAAAUUAAAUUUUCUAAAUAAAA